AUGAUAACAGUUAAAGGAGAUAUUUUAAAAGUAAAAACUACUUACGAAACAUCCCCAAAUAUUGCAUUAGUUAAAUAUUGGGGUAAGUUUGACGAAGAGUACAUUCUUCCUCUGAAUAGCUCUACAGGCAUUACCCUAAGCACAGAAGAUCUUCAAACUAGAACUACAAUUACUUUGACAAAUAAGUAUAAAGAUAUCAAGUUCCUUCUCAACGGAUAGCCUCACCCUGUUUCUGGACGCCUAAAAAAGAUCUUAAAAUUCUUCGAAGACAAAGCUCUUGCAGCUCUUGGAGAAGAGUUAGUUCCUCUUUAGGAAGGAGAAAGCUAAGAUACCAAAAGAAAAACUUUGAAAGAAUUCUUAAAUGGUGACUUAAGCUAAUUGAAACUAAAAAUAAAAUCAGUAAAUUCUUUUCCUACAGCAAGUGGAUUGGCUUCAAGUGCUUCAGGUUUAGCUGCACUUUCAGUAUGUCUUUUCGAUGUCUAUCAUAUGAAAGAAGAGUAUGAAUUUUAAAGAAGUGUAAUAGCUCGUCUUGGAAGUGGUAGUGCUUCUCGCUCAAUUUAUGGUGGCUUAGUAGAAUGGACUGGAGUACCUCAUUAAUACUUACAAAAAAAGUUUGAAAGCAAAAAUAAUGAAAUUUAAUUAUCAGAGUAGGAAUAUGAGCAGUUAUCCAAAUUAUGUAUUGCUAAAUAAACUCACAAUGAAACUUUCUUUGAAGAUUUAGAUGUAUUUGUCGUUGCUUACUCAUUUGAAUCAAAAGAAGUUCCUUCAACCUCAGGUAUGUUACAAAGUACUUAAACAUCUGAGCUUCUUAAGUACCGUGCUUUAAAUACUGCUCAUGUCCAUAUUGCAGGAGUAAAAAAGGCAAUCGAAGAAAAAAAUUAUAAUGAACUAGCUCGUUUAGUUAGAUUGGACUCUAACCAAUUCCAUGCAGUGUGCCUUGACACAACUCCCCCAAUAUUCUAUUUAAAUGACUUUAGCAAAAAUAUGAUAAACUUUAUACAUCAACUUGAUUCUGCAUUAGAAUAUCACGUGGCUUAUACUUUUGAUGCAGGUCCUCAUGCAGUUCUCCUUGUACACAAAAACCACACUACCUAAGUACUCAGAGCUAUUUAUGAAGCCUUCUCAAUUAAUGAUAUGAGUUCAUUAAGCUAAAGAGCAUAAUAAACUUUAAAGCAAGCAAUGUAAAGCGAAUUACCUGAAAGCAUUUAAAAAAUAAUAUAAACUAACAAACCUAAAAUAACUACAACACCUUCUUACAUUAUUCAUACAAAGGUAGGAAAAGGUCCCACAAAAAUAUGA